CAGGAACUGUGACAGCAGAGCUCACUCUCUUCCUCUUUAGAUCCUGAUUUGCAACAUGAAGGACAAUCUGACCCAGGACUUCCGUGACAUGCGGGACUAUCUGGAGAAGCAGGAGCGGGCUUCAUUCUGGCGGAUGCAGCAGGAGCAGGAAAUGGCAAAGAAAUCCACAUCCCAGGAUAUUCAGAUCCUCGUGGCGGAUAUCGAGAGCUUGAUGAAGGUGAAGGUGGAGCUUCAGGACCGCAUCGAAAAUGACUGGAUGGCUGUGCUGAAGGAUUCCGGAUCAGGGGGUACCUGGGUGUCGGCCGCCCCCCCCAAUAAACGAUACACGUUUGAUGAGAACCGCCUCGUAGACACCACUGAGGUCAUUUCAAAGAUCAGGAAGAGCCUGUUGUCUCACUCACUGCUGGAGCAGGUUCCAUGUCCACCCAAACAAGUGUUUGAAGACCCGCUGGUCUUACCGGCUCCUCCGGGGCCCGAUGUUCAGAUGCCAAGCACCACACUUCCAGAGAGAAGCCCGAACAGGCUCUUGCAGUGGGCCACUCACAUUUCAUUCGACCCGCAGACAGUCAACAACCGUCUGUCCCUCUCGGAGGACCUGAAGACGGUGACGGUGACUAACAAGAUCAAAGCGUAUGAGAAGAGCGGACGCAGGUUUAGCGCAAGCCAGGUCCUGGCCGUCCCCGAAUUCUCCAGCGAUUGCCACUACUGGGAAUUCAGCACAAAGGACAGCGAUGGGUGGGGGGUGGGCGCCGCCGCUGCCCAAAUGGGAAGAGACGGGAAACUUGGACGGAACGCCUUCUCCUGGUGUGUGGAAUGGAACAAGGAUCAGCUGUGUGCCUGGCACAACGAUCAGGGGGUCCCCGUCCUCCUCCCGAGACCCCUCAAUGUCGGCGUUCUUCUCGACUGCCCGGAAAAGGAGCUGAAAUUCUAUUCCAUCUCAGAGGACGGCCCGACCCGCAUCCAUUCCUUCCCCCUCCCCCUCCAGAGCCCGAUCUUCCCCGCAGUAUGGCUGUACGGCCUGAAAGCGGGAAAUUCCCUGACAAUACGAGACCUCCAGAGGAUCAGCAUGUGAGA